AUGAAGCCGUUUUGGUAUGUUGGAUCGCAGGCUGGCAACAGCUCGAAUAGCAAUUCAUCAUCCUCAGUGAGUAAUUUAGGAAUUUCAUUUGUUGUACGCAUUGAAUUUUUUUCAGACAAGUACCUCGGAGCCAACGGAAAUGGUGAUUCCACCAAUCGAGAUCGGACUCCCCAAUUACAUCCCACCCAAGCCGGUUGAAGAUAAUUUUGGCUUUCGACUCAAUGGGUAAUUCGUUAAUCCAAUCCUCUUUUCAUCUCUUUUUUUGCAGAAAGCCUUUCAUCGUAGGCGAUAUGUCUCCCGACUCGUAUGAAAUCAUUAUUUCGAUUUUAUUAAAAGCUACGACACUUUUACCGCAAGUGAGUUGGAAUUGAGUUCAGGUUGUCGUGUAAACGAAUUGUCUUAAAGGUGAAAGCGGAAGGCGUCCGACUGCGUCUCAAACAUCUCGAUAAACAACUUCGAGACAAAAUUCUGACAAAUGGUGUCGUGCUAGCACUUAAGGAACUCGUAUAUGGUGAGAAAUGUGUUGCCUUGUUUCGUGAAACGUUAUUUUUUCAGCACUCGAUCGGAAAGAUUAUAUACUGGCUUGGAAGCACUUCGAAUUCGCCCAGAAGAACUACCCAAACGAGGUACUGUUCUAAAUUUUCCAACUUAAAGAACAUUUAUUUAUUAAGAUUGAUCAGCGCUGGUCGGCUGGAAUUCGAUUGCUUAUCCUCGAGCUGAAACCACGUCAACGACAGACUUCUUCCGAUUUCCAAUCAUAA